CCUUACUACGCUCGCACACACUCAAGCCCGAAAAGGGGGAAGGGGCGGCGCUCCAUCCCACAGCUACAAACAGCGCUUGCUGCUGAAGAAGAGAAAGACGUUUUGUUGCUGAAAAGGGAAACCUGGAUAGAAAAGGGCACAGUUUGGGAACUGAAGAAGACAAGCAACGUGUGGGGGGGAAAUGCAGUACUGAUCCGUGUCCCUUAAGCAACAUUAGGCUGUCUCUGACAAAUAUGCCCUUACUCGCACACCUGUAUCGGGACAGAGAGGCGAGCUGAGAGAUUGGAAGAGAAUAUUUGUGAGCAAAGGCGUGUAUUUAAGUGGUGCUUAUUUAACAAUUAUAAAGUCUUACAUUCAUUUUAUUGAGCACCUCGAGGAAGUAGGUGCUUGUUUUUCUAUUUUUCACAUGGAAGGGGGCCGAGGAGAAACUGCCGAGCACGGUGCAAACACCAGACUAGUGGACCGGCACAAUACAGAACAAGUGUGCAGUCCAACCGCAUUCAUUCCAAAUUCCCAAUGAAAGCGCACGCCGCUUUAUCGAUAAGUAUUUUCAGCAGAAAGGUAAAUAAAGACAAUUCCCACUUUUGACCUUGGUUUGGGGAUUCAUUAAUAAUCGUACUGUAUUUGGUUAUUACCAGAAAGACUAUGCUAAACAUGUAAACGGAACAGAAGCCGCUGAGGUCUCGGUAAUGUGAUUCAGAGAUGCUUGUAAAGACAUAGCAAACAACAAGAGACAUGGAAGAGGACAGUGGGAGCUGGUCUGCCAUAAUUGGGAACAAAAGCGGGAUCCUCACCACAGCCACAAAGAUUUGGGAUUUCCAAAACACUUCCAGUCCGCUGGUUUAUUGGGAUAACGACAACAAGAGUGCGAAUCGGAUCAUCCCGUUGGAAAGUCAGGGUUACAGUCAGGAGCAAACGUACCGGAACUUCACAAUCGCGGCGCAGGUGCUCAUCUUCUUUGGGUCGCUGUUGGGUAACGUCAUGGUGUUGUGGUCGACCUGCCGAACGACUGUGUUCAAAACUGUGACCAAUCGCUUCAUCAAGAACCUGGCGUGCUCUGGUAUCUGUGCCAGCCUGGUGUGCGUGCCCUUCGACAUCGUCCUGAGUGCCAGCCCGCAGUGCUGCUGGUGGGUCUACAUCCCACCCUUCUGCAAAGUCAUCAAGUUCCUGCACAAGGUCUUCUGUUCAGUGGGCAUCCUCAGCUUCACUGCAAUCGCUAUGGACAGGUACUAUUCAGUGUUAUACCCCUUGGAAAAGAAAAUAUCAGAUUCCAAGUCCAGAGACAUGGUCAUAUAUAUCUGGGUGCACGCGAUGGUGGCCAGCGUCCCUGUAUUUGCAGUCAGCAACGUCACGGACAUAUACGCAACGUCACUGUGCACCGAGACUUUGGACUAUUCAAUUGGCCACUUGGUGUACGUCCUCGCCUACAACAUCACCACCGUAAUCCUGCCUGUGGCAGUGGUUUUCAUCUUCAUGAUCCUAAUCCGCAGAGCCCUGAGCACCAGCCAGAAGAAAAAGGUCAUCAUCGCCGCAUUGCGGACUCCUCAAAACACCAUCUCCAUCCCCUACGUCUCCCAAAGAGAGGCAGAACUGCACUCCAUGCUGCUGUCCAUGGUGCUGACAUUCAUCCUGUGCAGCAUCCCCUACGUGACUCUAGUGAUCUACAGGACCAUCCUCGACAUCUCCGACGUAUCCGUGUUCCUGCUGCUCACCGCCAUAUGGCUGCCUAAGAUCUCCUUGCUGGCCAACCCCUUGCUGUUUUUGACAGUUAACAAGUCGGUUCGCAAGUGCCUGGUGGGGACCAUCGUUCAGCUCCACAGACGCUACAGCCGGAGAAACACCGUGAGCUUGGAUGGCAUCGCGGAUGCUACUCAGGAGCCCAGCGUACGCUCGGGAAGCCAGCUCCUUGAGAUGUUCAACAUCGGGCAGCAGCAGAUAUUCAAGCGAAGCGAGGAUGAGGAGAAUGAGACCAAGUCUGUGGGGUCUGGAGAGUUACGUCCCAAGGAGAUCCCAACCACCAGCAUGGAGAUCAAGGACACCAUGGUGCAGAAGUACUCUCCCCCACACAACAGCUCAGACUCGGCCGCCCAGGUGGCCCCGGCUACCCCCUCGGAGGUAGAAGACAUCAAUGACAAGUACGCCAUGCAGUUUGGUUUCGGGCCCUUCGAGCUCCCACCGCAGUGGCUGUCAGAGACAAGGAACAGUAAGAAAAGGCUGCUGCCUCCGUUAGGAAACACGCCAGAGGAGCUCAUACAAACCAAGCAGCCCAAGUGCAGAGCAGAGAGGAAGAUGAGCAGAAACAAUAAAGUCAGCAUCUUCCCCAAGGUGGACUCCUGACUUUGGAUUGUAAAACAAACAAACAAACAAACAGACAAACGACAUGGACCAUGUACUUUUUGUCUUUUAUGUCUCUUUCUUUAAAAUUGUGCCAAAUAUUUUUACUAUGAAACUUUUGCUCAUGUGGCCGUUUUAAAACACUGUUUUUAAGGAUGAACCUGGGCAAUAAAAAAAAAAAAUGUAUUUGACUGCAAAACUGUUUAUAUUUACCUUUUGCUGAUUUUUCCAUGAGGGGUUUUGAAUGCUUUAAAUGUUGACAAAUUACAAACGGUUGUCAUGAAUGUGCACGACCAGCCCCGUACCGUAGGAAUAGUAAAGCAUAUUAUGUCGACCAUGCAAACUCUCAACAUAAUGCUGAUGAAAACAUGUAAGGUAAGUGCUCAACUCUUUAUGCCCCCAGCUAACACAAAAUAGAUUUUAAGAUGCCAAAACGGAAUGACAAAUACAUUUCCCUACUGUUUAGUUAUGGUAUCAGAACUACCUUGCUAAGCAGAGUUGGGCAGGUUACUGAAAAAAGUUACUUAUUACUUGUUAUUCAUUUCUUCAGAAAAAAAGAAAUAUAAUGACCUUACUUAUUAUUUAAUAAAAAAAGUAGCACAUUAUAUUACUUGUUAUAUUUCUUUCCUUGUCUUGUUCUGCGAAACAGUUGUUGUGACUGUUGUUUACUUUUUAACUAUAUGUCUAGUAAUUGAUUUAUUAACUGUGUCAAACAGGUUUUUAAAUGUUUGUAGUAUAAAUACAUUUCAUUUUUGGCAUAUGAACAUAAUGUACUGUAUAUUUCCUGACUUUCAAUCAUUGUGCAGUACGAAGAGAAAAUCAUACAAAUGUUUGAAUUCAAUAAAACCAUGACUAGCAAAUCAACAAUAACAAAACAAAAACAAAGAAAGGUCUAUAGAAAAACGAACUAUAUGGUGAUAAAGCAGUAAAUGUAAAAAUAAUGGGGUGAUGCAAUAAAUGUGUCCACCACUGUACGCAAGCAAACAAACAAAUAAAAGUGGUACGUACAGUCAA